AUGCUAAAUAGUGAGAAGAAGAUUUUUAUGGUUCUGGCAUCUGCUGAAUGCCUAUUGGGCAUUCUGAUAAAUAGAUUCAUAGUUCUGGUGAAUUGGAUUGACUGGGUCAAGAGCAAGAAACUGCCCCCAAGUGAUGUCAUCCUGCUCAGCUUGACCAUCUCCAAAAUUGGACUGUCAUAUGUAAUAGUAUGGGAUAGCUAUUUAAUUUUAAUCUCUAUUGAUCUACCCACCUAAGUAAGAAUAAAUGACAUUUUUUUGGUGCUAACUCAUAAGUCAAGUGUUUGGUUUUCCACUCUGCUCAGCAUCUUCCACUCGCUGAAGAUCACCAAUUUCUCUAAUCUGUUCUUCCUCUGGAUGAAAAGGAUAAUGGGGGGGGGGGGGAACUUUCCCAUGAUUGAGAGGACAUAUUAUUACUAUGACAGCCUCUUUUAUGGAGGAAAGGAGAGAAAUGUGUCUGAAGAGGUCCAAGUUGUCUUUGGACUUCUGAGUCUUAUUCCUUUUAUACUGUCUACAACAUCCUUCUCCCUAUUCAUUGUCCCCCUGUGGAGGCAUACCAGACAGACGCAAUGCAAUACCACAGGUUCUAGAGACCCUAGCACAGAAGCCCACAUUCAAGCCAUGAAAGCUGGGUGCUCCUUCCUGCUCCUCUCUUUAUUGUACUAUAUGAGUUUCUUUUUCAGCUAUUGGAGCAGCAUAAAUGAAAAUAAAAAACUGCCUUUCAUGUUGAGUAUGUCAAUUAUGUUGUUCUAUACCUUUGGCCACUCAGUGGUCCUGAUUCUGUGGAACAGCAAGCUGAGAAAGGCUGCCCUGAGGGUGUCAUGGCUGAUGAGGUGCUGCCAGAAUAAGUCAUCUACAAGCCCUCUGGGUACUUCUGAGGAUCACCUGGUAUUUUCUAGGGGAAAAGAAGCCACAUUGAGUCCUUAA